UCCCUCCUCCUCUGCUUCUCCUCCUCCUCCUCCUCCCUUUCUUCUCUCCUUUUGGCAACCCCAGGACGUCCGGCGUGGUGGUGGCGGUGGUCGGGGUGGCGGUGCUGCCGUGGGGUCGCGAGUGGACGAGGUCGCCUUUGAAUCCUCCCGUUUUUCCUAAGGUGCCUCGCAGAGCGCGAGCGAGCUGAGAGCCCGCGGAGAGGCUGAGAGGCAGCUAGGAGUCACGAUGAGCGCACGAGGUGACGGAGCCGGGCAGCCUUCGACUUCUUCUGCGGCUGCCAAAGAACAACCUGCCGCCGCCGAACCGCCGAAGAGGGGACGAGGGAGACCCAGGAAACAGCCACAAGAACCUACAGGAGAGCCAUCUCCCAAAAGACCAAGAGGAAGGCCUAAAGGAAGCAAAAACAAGAGUCCCUCUAAAGCAGCUCAGAAGAAAGCAGAAGCCACUGGAGAAAAACGACCAAGAGGCCGACCCAGGAAAUGGUGUCCAGGGACAACUCUGCCUCAGAGUUAA